UUGGGGUUGCUGUUGUUGUUGAGCGUGCAACAAUGUUUGGUUUUGGUGUUGUUGUUGCGGGUGGAGCCCUGUCUGCCAUUGCACGGGUUGCUGCUUCCCGUGAAGCAAUUGUUGUUGCACAAGAGUUUGAUGUUGUUGCUCCCAUUGUGCUUGCAAUUGCAACUGACAUUGCUGUUCUGCCCGGGCUUGCAACAUUUGUUGUUGGUGUGGCUCCCCGUGCUGCAAUUGUUGUUGUGCAAGAGCCUGAUAUUCCAACUCCAUUUGUGCAUGCAGUUGCAAUUGCACCUGGCGUUGUUGUUCUGCUUGGGCUUACAGCAUUUGUUGUUGGUGUUGCUGCUGUUGUUCCCGCUCUUAUUGGGCAUACGACAGUUGUUGUUGUGUUUGUGACUGUUGCCCUUGAGUUAUUAACAUUUGCAUCUGCAUAUGGCACUGGUUUUCUACCUGAGCUUGGUGAUGGUGGUGCAGAGCUCGUUGCUGCUCAUAUUGGUGUUGCUGUUGUUGUUGGGUUUGCAGCUGUUGCUGCACGAGCAUGGUUUGCUCCUUAGCAUUCUGUGAUUGUUGUUGCUGCCACAGGUGGUCGUGGGGCAACUGUUGUUCCUGCCGCUCUAUUGACUG